ACCUAUCCGGGACUUGCCUUUCUUUUGUGUUCCCUUCUCCCAACCAAACGAGCUCCUUCAAAGGAUUCCUAUCGGAUGCGACAAAAUAAUCCUGACCGAAGGGGAUCGCAAUAAAAAAACAUCAAGCAGAGACGUCGAAGAUGAGGAGAGGAAAUCCAGGCCACGACGAGCAACUGAAAAACAAAAGAAAAUGAGGUAUCCCGCAGACGUCACUAUUAAAGAGCUUCACCCUCCGAAGCGCGAUCCCCGCCACGUUAAAAAGGAGGAGUCGGAGAUGCCGUACAUUAAACAGGAGAAGCCAGAGACCCCCAGCAUUAAAGAAGAAAAACAGGAAGAUCAAAUCACAAAGUGUCAAAUGACUGUCAGUGAGAAAAGUGAAGAAGAUGAAGGUCCAAUCGGAAAGAGCGGAGCAGUGAAACCUUCAAGCAACGGCUCAUUUCAACACCCGACAACAAAAGGAGAGGGACAAUCGCAACAUGACUAUUUGUUAGCGCCGCUCUCACACGGUGACGACGUAACUUCACACUCUUUUGAUUUUAACACUGAUGAGGAGGAUAAAGACUUUGACCAAAAUGCUUUAAAAUCGUUAAACAAUUCCUCAUUGAAAAGUGGCACAAAAGCAGUUGGGAAACCUUUUCCCUGCUCACUUUGUCAUAAAACAUAUUCUCAGAAACAUCACGUAAAAAGACACAUGCAUACACACACUGGAGAAAAGCCUUUUGGCUGCACACUUUGUAGUAAACGAUUCCCUGACAAAGGACGUUUAAACAGACACACAUUGGCGCACACUGGAGAAAAGCCUUUUCCCUGCUCGGUUUGUGAAAAAAAAUAUUCUGGGAAAAAUCAAUUACAUAGACACAUGUAUACACACACAGGGGAGAAGCCUUUUCUCUGCGCGAGUUGUGGUAAAAGAUUCAUCGAGAAAAGAGAUUUAAACAAUCACACAAGAACACACACUGGAGAGAAGCCCUUUCCCUGCUCAGUUUGCGAUAAAAGAUUCUCUCAAAAAGCACUACUAAACUCUCACUUUAAAACACACACUGGAGAGAAGCCCUUUCCCUGCUCAGUUUGCGAUAAAAGAUUCUCUCGGAAACCACUACUAAGCCGACACAUGAAAUCUCACACUGGAGAAAAGCAUUAUGCGUGCUCAGUUUGUGAUAAAAGAUACUUCAGAAAUUCACAUUUAAUCAAUCACACAAGAACACAUACUGGAGAGAAGCCUUUUCAAUGCACAACUUGUGGUAAACAAUUCACUGAUAAGGAAUUUUUAAAGAAACACACAAGGAAACACACUGGAGAGAAGCCUUUUGUCUGCACAGCUUGUGGUAAACGAUUCACUUGUAAGGGAUCUUUAAACAAACACGCACUCUCACACACGGGAGAAAGGCCCUUUGUCUGCACAAGUUGUGGUAAAAGAUACCUCGAUAAAAAAGAUUUAAGCGAUCACAUGCGUAAACAUACUGGAGAGAAGCCUUAUUCCUGCUCAGUUUGUGAUAAAAGAUACUUCAGAAAGUCACAAUUAAUCAUUCACACAAGAACACACACUGGAGAGAAGCCUUUUCAAUGCACAUCUUGUGGUAAACAUUUCACUUAUAGGGCAUCUUUGAACAAACACAUAAAGAGACACACUGGAGAGAAGCCUUUUGUCUGCACAUCUUGUGGUAAACGAUUCACUGAGAAGGGAGAGUUACACAGACACACACUCAGACACACAGGAGAAAAGCCUUUUGUCUGCACAAGUUGUGGCAAAAGAUUCCUCGAUAAAAGAGAUGUAAGCAAUCACAUGCGUACACACACUGGAGAGAAGCCUUUUGUCUGCUCUUUCUGCGAUAAAAGAUUUUGUACGACGCAUGAUUUAACAAGACACACGCGUACACACACUGGAGAGAAGCCUUUUACCUGCUCUCGUUGCUAUAAAAGAUUUUGUACGAGGCAAACGUUAACAAAACACAUACGUAGACACACCGCGUGCAAAGGCUUUUCUCUGCAUACUUUGCGGUAAAAGAUUUACCCGGAAGGGAGAUUAAACAAUCACUCAAAAAGACACACUUAAUUUACUUACUGCUUUUCAAAAUUUGACUUCUGAUUGUCAACAAUACUUUGAUGCUUCGCUUCUUUUGUUUGUUUGUCCAAUUUCCAAGCUUUAUCUGAAUACCGUAAUUUCCCGAAUAUAACGCUUUUUUCUCCCAAAAUCAACUUGUAAAAUCAUGGGUGCGCUUUAUACACGAGUACAGGGAUGGAGACAGAAAUAUUAUAUAUGUUAAAAAAUAAAAAAUCGUUUUCUCGCCCACCCGGGCAGUAUGGUCUCUCCUCUCAAGCUCUGGUCCUCUCCCAGAACCCUUGAGGGUUCUGCGCAGGAUCUUAGCUGUCCCAGGAUUGUGCUGUUCUGAACGGAGAUGUCAGACGUUGUUCCUGGUAUCUGUUGGAGUCAUGCACCCAACUUGGGGGUUACUUCCCCUAGUGUCCUGAUCACUACUGGCACCAUUGUUGCCUUCACUCCCCACAUUUUCUCCAACUCUUCCUUCAGCCCUUGAUAAUUCUCCAGCUUUUCGUGUUCCUUUUUCCUGAUGUUGCCAUUGCUCGGAAUUGCUACAUCUAUCACUACUGAUGUUUUCUGAUGUUUAUCCACUACUACGAUGUCAGGCUGGUUGGCCAUCACCAGUUUGUCCGUCUGGAUCUGCAAGUCCCACAGGAUCUUGGCUCGGUUGUUCUCGAUCACCUUUGUCGCCCACCUUGUCUCCGGGGUCUCCAGUCCGUACUCGGCACAGAUGUUCCUGUACACUAUGCCUGCUACCUGGUUAUGUCGUUCCAUGUAUGCCUUGCCUGCUAGCAUCUUACACCCUGCUGUGAUGUGCUGGACUGUCUCAGGGGCCUCUUUGCACAGCCUGCACCUGGGGUCCUGUCCGGUGUGAUAGACCCCAGCCUCUAUUGAUCUUGUGUUUAGGGCCUGUUCUUGUGCUGCCAUGAUCAGUGCGUCCGUGCUGUCUUUCAGUCCGGCCUUUUCCAGCCACUGGUAUGUUUUUCCCAUGUCAGCUACCGCCUCAAUUUGUCGGUGGUACAUACCAUGCAGGGGCUUGUCCUUCCAUGAUAUCUCCUCAGGGUCCUUCUCCUUACUGGGCUUCUGUUGCCUGAGGCAUUCACCGAGCAGGUCAUCACUGCGGGCCAUCUUCAUGAUGUACUCUUGGAGGUACAGUGGGGAGAACAAGUAUUUGAUACACUGCCGAUUUUGCUGGUUU